AUGUUGAUGCUACUCGAGACGCCGGCCGGCUACGGCCUAUUUAAAUUAACGAACGAUAAAAUGUUAGAAUGCAGCGCGGAAGAAGUUUAUAAAUACUUUGAAGACUCAGAUACGGCAAAAUCAUCUGUAUGUUUGAAGUCAUUCAUGAAGUUUAAAAAUAGCGAAGAUGCCGUGAAAGAAGCAAACUGUUUGAUAGAGUCCCGAUUGGGAAAAGGUCUCCGUAAAUUCCUGACCAAGAAUAUUCUGAACAAGUCCUUGACUGAUGAGUUGGCAAUUUGUGACAAGGCUCUGGGGAUGGAAAUCCAGAACAAGCUGAACAUAAACGUCUGCUUCAACCCGAAGACUAGUGAAAUAAUUCGUGGACUUCGUAUGCAGUUCCAUGAGCUUGUAACUGGGCUUUCAGAAGAGGACACAAGGUCUAUGGCACUCAGUUUAUCGCAUUCUUUGACCAGAUUUAAGCUUAAAUUCAGCCCUGACAAGGUCGAUGUCAUGAUAGUUCAGGCUAUAGGCCUGUUAGACGACCUAGAUCGAGAAGUCAACAAGUUUGGAAUGAGACUUAAGGAGUGGUACGGUUGGCACUUUCCAGAGCUUGACAAAAUCGUGUCAGAUAAUCUUUUGUACGCCAAAGUAGUAAAAAUGAUAGGUAUGCGGGAAAACGCUAAAAAUGCUAAACUCUCUGAUUUACUGCCUGAUGAUGUUUGCAAGGAGAUUUUACAGGCAUCUGAGAUUUCGAUGGGCAGUGAGAUUUUUAAGGACGAUUUGGAGUCUAUUACUGAACUUGCAACUAGACUCGAGGAGCUUCUGGAAUACCGACAAACUUUGGAGCAGUACCUCAAGUAUCGCAUGAAUGUGAUUGCACCUAAUCUCACUUACAUGGUAGGUGAGCUUAUUGCCGCCAGGUUGCUUUCUCAUAGUGGUUCACUAAUGAAUCUAGCUAAGCACCCUGCUUCUACUGUCCAGAUCCUUGGUGCUGAAAAGGCUCUUUUCAGGGCCCUUAAAACAAGGUCUAACACUCCCAAAUACGGCAUAAUAUACCAUGCUGGUCUCGUAGGACAGACUUCUCCAAAACAUAAGGGUAAAAUCUCUAGAAUUCUUGCAGCUAAGCUCGCUCUCUGUGUGAGGGUCGACGCGCUUGGAGAAUCUGACAAGCCCACAGUUGCUCUUGAAAAUAAAAAAUAUGUUGAAAAUAAAUUAGUACAAUUACUUUCCGAUGGGAAUCAGAAGCGUAAACUUUUUAAGCCGACCUUUAACAAUGACAAAAAAAGAAUAUUAAGGAGUGGUUAUAAGCUCAGGAGCGUCAUUAGGCUGAGUGCCAGAAGCUUGGGAGCAGUCAUAAACGAUCCCUUGGUAGUUUUCUGUUUGGCUCCUUGCUGUGUUUGGCCUUGUGUUUCUCCAUCACUUUGGGCUUGCUCUCCAGUAUUGGUUUCUCCUUCGGAUUCAGGACUUUUGGGUUCAAUGAGAGGUUCCUUUUCAGGAGUGCUUUCAGAUUGA